AUGCCGGCCGUUCUGGGAAGUUCUCCAGCCGCUAGGUGGCUGUUUCCACGCCAAUUGCAGCUCGAAGAUUACACGGAUGAUGAGCUCAGACGAAUAUUCGUUAGAAUGGUCGCUGAAAACUCGUUCAAAAUGGAACAAGGACCUCUGGGACCAUUUCCGCGCAUAUUGGCGCAGCGUGUAGGCCGUGGCCGUGAGGAAACUGGAUUCGGAAACGUACACGAACUUCGUCUGUCAUAUGGAAAAAUACUUGAGCGGCACUCUGCCCGCAUUCGACAGAGGUUAUCAGAGAUUGAGGACUCGUGGACUGAGCCUCUGCCAGACGAAAACUUAUUGACUGGGCAGGACAUCAUUGGGCCUGAGCCUGAGGACGUCCGAACGAAGAGCAAGGCAUGGAAAGAGCUUCAAAAGAUGGCGGGGCUGGAAGAUAUCAAGACUGCAGUCAACCAGCUCCUCAGCCGGUCAAAAAUCAACUAUCAAAGGGAGAUUAACGGCAUGAAGCUACUCAAGACAUCUUUGAACAGGAUUUUCAUUGGACCUCCUGGCACAGGAAAGACAACUGUGGCCAAGCUAUACGGUCAAAUCCUGGCCGACAUUGGGUUGGUCUCAAGCCGAAAGGUCAUCUACAAGACCCCUGGCGACUUCAUCGGCCAAUACAUCGGUGAAUCAGAGACCAAGACCAGCGCCAUUCUUGAUUCGACCAAAGGUAAGAUUUUGAUCAUAGACGACGCGCAUAUGUUUUACCAUGGCGCCGAGCUCGGAUCAGACGAAUCUGAUGAGUUCCGACUGGCUUGUAUCGACAUUCUCGUCUCCAAGAUCCACAACAAGCCGGGUGAAGAUCGUUGCGUGAUCCUCGUCGGAUACCCAGAUAGGAUGGAGAAUAUGCUCCAAAAGUGCAAUCCAGGUUUGAGACGUCGGUUUCCUCUCGAGGAAGCUUUCCGGUUCGAUGAUUAUGAUGACAACCGGCUCCAAGAGAUUCUCAACCUCAAGAUGGAGGAAGACGGAAUCAGGGCCUCACCAGAAGCCAUGAAGGUUGUGUCAGAACUCCUGCGCCGGGCAAGAGACAGACCAAACUUCGGUAAUGGUGGCGAUGUCGUCAACUUUUUGAACCAGGCCAAGGUCAGGCACAGGGAGAGGAUGUCGAAGAUAACGGAUGUUGAGAUGAUGGAUAUUGUGCUUCAGCCUGAGGAUUUCGAUCCCAAAUAUAACCGAGGCGCCACAGCCGCUGAAAGAUGCCGGGCGCUCUUUGACGGACUUAUUGGAUUUGAAGACACUAUCCAGCGCUUCGAGACCUACCAGCGCAUUGCUGAGAACCUGAGACUCAACAAUAAGGAUCCUAGAAACAUCAUCCCGUUCACGUACAUCUUCAAGGGUCCUCCGGGCACUGGAAAAACGCACACUGCUCGCAUCAUUGGCCAAAUCUUUUAUGACAUGGGAUUUCUCUCCACCAAUGAAGUGAUUGAGUGCUCCGCAACCCACCUUAUAGGAAAGUAUGUCGGCCACACUGGUCCAAAGGUGGUUGAACUGUUUGAACGGUCAUUGGGAAAAGUCUUGUUCAUCGACGAGGCGUAUCGCCUGGCAUCUGGUGGCCGAAAUAGCUUUACAAAUGAGGCAGUUGGAGAGAUUGUCGAUUGCAUGACCAAGCCACGCUAUUACCGUAAAAUGGUCAUUGUCAUGGCCGGAUAUACGCAGGACAUGGACCAUCUCAUGAAGGUCAAUGCCGGACUACGGGGCCGCUUCGCCACGGAGAUAAUGUUCACUCCCAUGAGCCCGGAGUCUGCCUUGCAGCAUCUCUGCAAUCUGAUAGCCAAGCAAGACAUCGAGCUUCUGGAAUCCGAGGACGAUUCGAACGUCAGCGAAUCAAUGAUAAUGAUGAGUCUUUUUACUCAGCUAGCUAGAACAAAAGGCUGGUCAAACGGACGAGAUAUGCAGACACUUGCCGGCGUGGUGACAGAGUAUGUGUAUGGAAAUUUGAAUGGCUUUGGACAGGGGCAAGGGGGAGGGCUGUACAUCACAAGGAAGGAUUUGAUCAGAUUGAUGAGGGACAUGCUUCAGCAACGAAUGAAAGGGGGGCUAAACGAAUUAGAACUAAAAGAAGUAGACUAAACUAAUAUGUGAACAAAACUGGGAAGG